GAUGGUUCAAGAAUAGAAGCGAUCUUAGCCGAAGGAAGUCCAAAGACUCGAAAGCGAAAAUGCAAGCGAAAAUUCGAAGUUAUAUCAUUAAAGAAAAGUGGACGAAUGAAAGUUUCAAAGGGUCGCAAAGCGCUAAAAAGG